ACUACCGUCCAUUCCAUUGUGAAAGAUAUCUCGCGCCUUUUUACCGCACCAGCGUUUUCCUUGCUCUUCGGAGGCCUUCGGUUCGCCUUAGGAUUCGGGUGCUCGUAAUUGGCAUUUGGAGUGGCCCACAGGCACUGCGGCGGAAUGCCAUACGUUGCAACUUCUGUGAUAUCAGAGCUGACCUUCCCAACCUCCAACUCGAGUUGUACUCCGUAAAUUUCCUGGAACUUCAGACGGUGCUUGAGAAGCUUCCGGCACGCUCUAGCACAAUGCGGGCAUUCACCUCUUUGCUGAGCGCGAGGUGUCUCCUCGUGCUUAGUGCAUUCAAACACAUUGGCGCGUUUGCUGGUCCCGGCAUCAAUGUUGCUUUACGGGCCUCUUUCAACUCUGCGCCAUAUCUAGUAGAGUUAUUAGAGACUGCCGCAGAGGAGAACUCGACCGCAUACUUCCCCAUCCUCGACCGAAUAGCAGACGGCUACUUCGACACGGCGAAGACAGAUCAGGAGCUUUUCACAUCCUUUGUAGAGCUUCUAGAAAAUGACGGGCAUAUCACCGCCCCCGAAACACUCUCCUCGUUCCAGUUCGCACUUUCGGUCCGUUCAGCGGCGCCGCGCAUAGAAGCACACUAUCAGUUCUAUAAUACUUCGGUGGAACCGUCAUUACAAGAAGAGGAGACACCGGAUUGUGAGAUAUGGAUAGCGUUUGCAGGGAAACAAUAUUGCUCUCCGCAACUAGAUGAGAGCCAUGGUGGCAUCAAGAGUGAACGGACAUACGAAUUGCCCUUCGACCGGAUACUGGGGAACAGCUCCCAUGCUCUACCGUCGAUACUCUACGCCGAUAUCACCUCGCCCUCGUUCGCCAAAUUCCACAAGACGCUGAGCAAGACGGCGGAGGAAGGAAAGACAUCGUACCGUGUCCGACAUAAGCCCUCUCCCAAUGCGUCUAAGUCGCCUCUCAUUGUAAAUGGAUAUGGCGUCGAGCUUCAAUUGAAGCGAACCGACUACAUCGUCAUCGAUGACCGCCCAGCAGAACAAGGCGAGGAGGCUACUGCACAGAAGCCUGUUGACACGGAGCUGCAUGAUGAUGAGGAUGUCGCAGAUCUGAAACCACUCUCUAAGGAUGAAGUCUCUGACCUUGGCUUAAAGGCCGCCAGUUUUGUCAUGAAGAGCGAGCAGCCCAUGGAUACCCUCCUGAAACUGGUCCAGGACUUCCCUAAGUAUUCUUCAGCUAUCGUUGCACAUAAUGCUUCGGAGGAGUUCCGUACCGAGCACACACAAAACCGAGAGCAGCUUCUUCCAUCCGGGUAUAAUGUCCUCUGGAUCAACGGCGUGCAGAUUCCUGCCCGCGAUGUAAACCCUUUCACGCUGCUUGAGCAUCUUCGACGCGAGCGCAACUUAAUCAAUGGAGUUCGGAGUCAAGGACUUUCUGGCCCUGACGCCAUCUCUCUGCUGUCGCAUUCCGCGAUUACAGAAAGUCAGACGGAGGACGAGCCGCAGCGGUACGACUUCCGAGAUACAAUGGAGGGUGGUAAUGUGAUCAUCUGGAUGAACAACAUCGAGAAGGACUCACGAUAUGAGAGUUGGCCUUCCGAUCUCACAGCUCUGCUUCAGAGGACUUUCCCUGGCCAACUGCCUGCCGUACGCCGAGACAUUCAUAACGCUAUCUUAGCCAUUGACUUCACUUCGAAAGAGGAUGUGUUCAGCGUCAUUGAGACUGUACUCAGCCUGGUAAAACGUGGCAUUCCGAUCCGCUGGGGUUUGGUACCAAACACCAAGACACCAGGCGCCGCUGAGCAGGCGAAGGUCGUCUACCAUCUGCUUGAUACAUACGGCCUCUCCACUAUGAUCAAGUAUCUCGACGCGUCGAACGAGAACAAGAAACUCGCUCAUCCGGAUAAAUCUACCUUCGAUGCCGCCAUCAAGGAUGCUAAGCUUCGUCCUGACCAUGAAGCGUCUCAGCUCGCAGACGUACUAGCCUCCGAAGAAAUUGACGAACGCAUCACAGGCGCGAAGAAGUACUUGGCACGCCUGGCAGCCGAUGGGCCCAAUGCUCCCAUGUUUGUUAAUGGUGUACCACUUGCACAGACUGAUGAAUGGCUGAGCAUGUUGAGCCAGCGUAUCGGCAUGGACCUUCGCUCAAUACAGAAGGGGGUCUUCGAACAAAUCUUCCAAGAGGAUAGCUGGCUCCCUCAAUACUUCCUCUUUCAGGCCGCCGCCAAACGUAACCCGUUGAUCAUCCCGGAGAACGAGAAGAACAUCACACUUGUGAAUAUGGCGGAGUUUGAAGAGUGGCACGGAGACAUUUUCAAGACUAUGCCUCGCGUUGAGGUUGGAGACUCAUCGAACAAGGCAGACUGGGCUCACAUGACUCUGGUCGGUGACUUCGACUCGGACUCUGGGCUUGCUCUGCUCAGGUCAGUUGCUCAGUUCCGUCAGGAACAUCCGAACGUGGAGCUCGUCCUCAUUCACAAUCCACAAGCAGGUGCCGAGCAGUCAAAUGCGUCCGAGGAUCUGCUGGAGGCGUGGAUCAAGUCUGGCCAUGAUGUUAGCAGUGAAAUGCUGCUAGCUAUUCUCGCUCAGGAGCCAACGUUUUCGCCCACGUCAGCGAACUCCACGUUAUUCUGGAAAUCCGCCGAACCAAUCUACCAGGCUCUGGGCCUGGAGCCUGGCCAGCAUGGUAUACUAGUCAACGGACGAUUUGUUGGGCCUAUCUCGGCUGAUCAAGUUUUCACCAAGGAUGACAUUGAGGCCUUGGUCACUUAUGAGAGGACAAAGCGCAUCGAGCCGCUCAACAAGGCGCUUGAGGCCCUGGAGCUUACAGCAAAGAUUGCAUCGCCAUUUGAUGUUGCCAAGAUCCAGUCCCUAGUUGCGCUCUCUAUGAUCUCAGAUGUUCCCGAAGGCAUCUUCGAGUCUGCGUCCACAUUGAGAAUGGACAAAUUUAAGAUUUUCAACGACACGCAUACCGCAAUUACGAAGGGCGAUAACACCACGGCCAUCUUCCAGAUCGUCGCUUCGGUGGAUCCUGCUACUGAACUGGCGCAGAAAUGGGUUCCGAUCUUGAACACGCUGUCUGAGAUGGAAGGUGUCCAUCUCAAGCUGUUCCUUAACCCUAGGCAGAUGCUGCAGGAGCUUCCAGUAAAGCGAUUCUAUCGUUACCUGUUAGAUUCGAGACCUACAUUUAAUGGAGAUGGCUCCGUCGACAGCCUGGAGGCCCACUUCACCGGCAUUCCCAAGGAGGCUUUACUUAACCUGGGCAUGGAUGUCCCGCCGUCGUGGCUCGUCGCGCCGGAAGAAUCUAUCCAUGACCUUGACAACAUCAAGCUCAGCACUUUGCCCGCUGGCGCCAACAUCGACGCCAUCUACGGCCUCGAAAGCAUCCUGAUCGAAGGCCACUCCCGGGACGUCACGAACGGCGGACAACCACCUCGCGGCGCCGAAGUCGUCCUCUCCACCGAGAAAGACCCUCACUUCGCAGACACCAUCAUUAUGGCCAACCUAGGCUACUUCCAGUUCAAAGCCAAUCCCGGAUUUUACAACAUCCAGCUCAAGCCUGGCCGCUCUUCCGAAGUCUUCACAAUCGACAGCGCCGGUCCUAAAGGCUGGGCUCCCGCACCCGGAGACGAAACUAGCGAAAUCGCCCUCAUGUCCUUCCAAGGCCUCACGCUCUUCCCCCGCCUCUCCCGCAAACCGGGUCAGGAAACCGCCGACGUGCUCGCUACGGACGAUUCUCUCGCCUCGGAGCUCGUGGAAAAAGGGACCCAAAAAGUCAACAACUUCCUCAGCAAAGUUGGCAUCAACUUCGACAGCCAAAAGGUGCUGCAAAAGGGCGCCGCAUUACUGCACGGAAAGAGCAAAAAGCAAGGCGUCCAAGCAGACAUCAACAUCUUCUCUGUCGCCUCAGGCCACCUCUACGAGCGCAUGCUAAACAUAAUGAUGCUCUCCGUCAUGAAGCACACGUCGCACACAGUCAAGUUCUGGUUCAUCGAGCAGUUCCUAUCCCCGAGCUUCAAAUCCUUCCUCCCGCACAUGGCGGCUGAAUACGGCUUCGACUACGAAAUGGUGACGUAUAAGUGGCCGCACUGGCUGCGCGGCCAGACGGAAAAACAGCGCGAGAUCUGGGGCUACAAGAUCCUUUUCCUCGACGUGCUGUUCCCGCUCGAUCUCGACAAAGUCAUUUUCGUCGACGCAGACCAGAUCGUCAGAACGGACAUGUAUGAACUCGUCCAGCAUGACUUGCAGGGCGCCCCCUACGGCUUCACCCCCAUGUGCGACUCCCGCACCUCAAUGGAAGGCUUCCGCUUCUGGAAAACGGGCUACUGGGCUAACUUCCUCCGCGGCCGCCCCUACCACAUCUCCGCCCUCUACGUCGUCGACCUGACCCGCUUCCGCAAACUCGCCGCCGGCGACCGUCUGCGCCAGCAGUACCACACGCUCAGCGCAGACCCGCAGUCCCUGUCCAAUCUCGACCAGGACCUGCCGAACAACAUGCAGUUCAAUCUGCCUAUCCAUAGCCUGCCGCAGGAGUGGCUGUGGUGCGAGACGUGGUGCGCCGACGAGGAUCUGGAGAAAGCGAAGACGAUUGAUCUGUGUAAUAACCCCUUGACCAAGGAGCCGAAGCUAGAGCGCGCGAGGAGGCAGGUCCCCGAGUGGACCAUUUAUGACGAGGAGGUUGCGGCGCUGGCUAGGCGCAUCAAGGGCGAGCAGUCGGUGCAGGGGGACAAUGUGCAGGAGCAGGAGCAGGCUAAGGAGAGGGAGAAGGAGGCGCAGAGGAAGAGGGAUGAGUUGUAGAUGGCGCUGGGGAUUGAAUGGGGUGGGCGUUGACUUUGGGCGUUUGAAUUUUCGGUUGGCGAAUAGAUGUAAGAAU